GCUGAAUUAAAGAGGUAGGUACAUCUGAUAAAAACCAUCAAUUAUUUACUCUUACCAUUGCAAUACAGACUGUUGUGUCAGAGCUGUGUUGAAGAUGAUCCAGUGAAAUGAUGAAUUCUCUUUGUCAGCUUUAGCCAUGUCUGUAUCAGGCAGCCAAACUCUGAGGCGCUCAGACAUGCAGCGGCAGUUGAAGGAAGUUCUUCAUAGUGUGGAAAAAGCACACAAAGCCGACAUCCAGACCUACUGCUCAGGUCACCUGGGUCCUAACAAACUCGUUCAUAGAUCCCUUAACUGCAGGCCACGCAAGGCAAUAUUGAGCAAACCCAAAUGUAAAGACGUGGGCCUGUCUCGCGUUCGGGAAAGGAGCCAAAUGGAAGCUAAUGUGGAAGAAACAUCUGAUGCCCUGCACAGUCUCACCAUAGGCACCAUGCUACAUAUCCCUAGAAUCCAGGAAAGACCAGAAUGUCCCAGUGAAGAAUCGUUGACAGGAGUUCAGGACAUGACAGAGUUAGCUAAGCUGAGAAAAGCAAUCCAGGAAAACAGUUGUACAGUGUCUGACAUGAUGGAACAGGACAGCCUCAGGUUCACACACUCACACAAAGCUGGGCUUGCACGGCGCGAUCAACAGCAUCGGAGGCUGCACACUGACAUGCGGGUUUUAAGGAUAAAAGCUGUGACCACCAGGAAGUGUCUGAGUGGUAUAGAAGCAGCAAAGCGACAUGAGCGCAGGCUUCAACAGGUACUGAGGAAACUUCCUGCCAGCGGAGGUCCCUGCAGAAAGCGCCUCGCAGUAUUUAGUGAUGUCUUUAAUGAUGUGUGUGACGGCUCACCUGCAUUCGGCAGUCUCCUCCGAGAAAUCAAGACAGAGUAUGAUUUGUACUUGAAGUCACUCCUUUUCUCCCAGUCACUGCUCUGGGAUAAGUCUGCGUCUACCUCAUUCGGAGUCUCCACAGAAGCAACAGAGUUAAAGAAAGUAGCAAGCCAAGUGUUAUCACUGGAACAGGAAGCCAGGAGAGCUCUAGAGGAAAACGACAGAGUCCAAAUAGAGUGUGAAGACGCUCUGGUAGACCAGAAGGGAAAUGAAAGCUACGAGCCGGUGGGUCAGUGUGAUGAGGUUGUGUUCUCGGGUGUGAACCCGUGUGCACUUUCCUCCGUCAGUCAGGUGGAGGCUAAAAGACAGCAGGUGUGGAAAGUGUGGGCUGAGGUGCAGAUGCUUCAGAAAGACAUCAGAGAGACCAUGGUGUCCACUGUUACCACCAGCGCUCUUGAGAACUGCAUCAGAGACUCAGAAGAUGAAAUCCUGAACCUUGCUGCUUCAAAUGUGCUUCUUCAGAGAACCAUUAAGGAUCUCGAACAAAACAUUUCAGCGAUCCUGAGAAAAGCAAAAGUCAGCGAGGAGACAACAGUGCAGGUUUGGGAGGAGAUAUGGACCACACUGAAUGGACAUGAUUAGGACACUCAAGAAUGAGCUGCCUUGUAAAAAUAUUUGAGCCCUUUAAUGAUGGUCAUCUAAACAGAGAGGUCUUGCUUUGAGUUUCACAGUUUCACAGGACAGGAAGUGGCUGGUCAUUACCGAUGUGUGAGAAACUAUUGUCCUCUUUCCUGCUAUCCUAAUUUGAAGCAUAAUUCAAAUAAAAUAUCUGGAUUUAGGAUCCUUCAUACAUCUGUCCUUACUAUGAAAUAACAUUUUAUAAUCUUCUUCCAAUCGUUUAGUUCAUAACACCAUAUAAAGUCUUCAUAGAUGGACGAUUCUCAAAUAAAGGUCACUUUCAGACCAGUAAAAUGUUCCGUCGUGUUUGUCCAUUCAUGAUUCUGAUGUUGUUUAAAUUUACAUCACUGAUGUUUAUUCAUUGUCACUGGUGUUAAAUGCACAAGCCAGAGUCAACAUCACCAGCCUCUUAAAACACACAGCAUUAAACACACCAGCAU